GUGGGGCCGGGGCAGCGGCUGGGCCCCGGCCCGUUCCCAUAGUGAUUCCUUGCGACGCGGGGCGGGGCCGGGGCCGCCGAAGCGGUGGCGGCAGGAGGGUCCGAUGGACCAGCCCGGGAGCGGGGCCGGGGCCGCCGCGACACAGUCACCCGGGAGCUUCCGAGGGUUUGGCAGGAGGAGCCAGCGCUGCAGCGCGGCGGACGGGGGGGGGGACUUCACAGGCGGCGUCUACGGCACCGGCCUCUUCUCCGACUCCCGCCAGAAUAUACAUACCAGUGAUUUCGAACAUGAUGUCCACCUUCCUGAAAAUAAAUACUAUCUGCUGGGAGACGAGACUGGACCAGGAGGUGUUCUUUCAAGCAAGUUGCACAAGGAUGCUUACACAACAGCAGUGGAACAACUGGCAGAUCUUAGGUUGUCAAAAAAUAGGACUAGAAGAACACAGCUCAGUCAAAAUAAUAGCAAGGAAGGGAUGUUUCAUUCCUGGAGAUAUGCACAUGAUCAAAGCAAUACUACUGUGAACAGAGACUCCAAUAAAACCUCUAGUGGAAACUCUUCCAGCUCACAUGGUAAUUCUUUAAACUUUACUGUUAAUCCCUCAUUGGUGGGGGCCCAUAUGAACAGCUAUCACACAGUGUCUUACCAGGGACCUCAGCAGAUGCCAUUAGGAAUCUACUGGACAAAUGGAGAUGGGGAUUUUUUCAAGGUCAGAAAUGAAACCACAGCUUCUGACUCCUAUCCUGCUACAGAAAGUAGUAGUGGUGAUGCUCUCUCUGUGUCCAAAGGGAAUUUGAAGUUGCAAAACAGUAGUGUUGAGAACAGUCUUUUAACAGAGGAAGGUGAUGUAUCUGAGAGUGAAAAAGUGAAUGAUAGUUUGCUUAGUUAUUUCAAAUAUAUGGAUCUGAACUUAAGACCAGAAACUAUAGAAAACAUUGAAAAAGCUUCCUCCAAGCACCAAAAUGAAGUGUUUCCAUACCCUGAUUUUCUCCCACCACCUUUCAAUAACCUGGAUUUACAAAAGUUGGCCUUCAAAUGGGAUGACUGGAAGGUAGUCUUUAAUCCACCACCAGAAAGCUCUGUUGUGAAAUUAAUAUCUCGUCUGUUGGAAAUUGAAAGGAUGCAGCACUUGACUAUAUUAAAAGAGAAGACAAGAGACCUGACAGUCUCCAGUAUGAUGCUUGCCAAUCGACCCAGUUCCACAAAAUCCAUGCAUCAGUUGAAGCAGUCAAGACUGUCUGAUCCUCUGUGUCUUCAGACACUUAAUCGAGACUAUCAAGAGAAAAAUAAAUCCAACCAUUCUGGCUGCUGCACGCAUGAGAGGAACAGCUCAAAAUGCACUAGGGACUCAAAAUGCACUUGUCAUAAUUGCAAGUGGAGUGCUGGAACAUCCUCUAUUAGAAGUUCAUCCACAAAGCAGCUUAGAGCAUCUUGUGAUGCCUUUAAAAGCUCUAAAAUCCCAUCUUUUAACUCUAACAUGCUCUUGCGGAGGUCUUCCUCAUGCUAUGUGGUGGCACCAAGAACUCAAUCAACUGUAAAACUGACUUCCCCAAAGCUAAUGCCACCCAAAUACAGCUCUAACCAGUCCUUUCCCUGAUAAGGACAGGUUAAAUGUAAACAGCCAAGGACCAAAAGAAACUCUAUAGAAAAAAACGUAGUAACGAGUAAGACUUUUCAUUGCCAGAAGUUAAAAUCUGUAUCUGCUAUGCCAAAGCAGAAGUACACUCACCCUGACAAACAGUAAUUUUCUUGAAUUCAUACUUCUCAUUAUGAGUGAAUCCUGCUCAGCAAUCUUAUUUUAGGUUGAUUUUGUCAAGUUAAAGUAUUUUAAUGGUAUGAGACAGAAGUGAUAUGAAAUAGCACUUGUGACAAUUGAAUCCACUUGUAUUGUAGAAAAAUCAAGUUUUAUAUCCCUCUGCCUGCUGACAUCUUUUAGGACCAUUUGUAUAACUUUUAAAAGAAUUGGAUCAAUAUAAGCAUACCAGCAGAUCAUCCCGUUCCAGAGUGCAACUAUUUUUGUAAUGUUUAUAAAAGUAAUAUCAAUAAGUAUAGUUAUCUUAUACUAGCACCCAGAAAAUCCCACUCAGCAUCAGUGCUCCCCCAUGCGCUACGUGCUGUACUAAUACAUUGGAAGAUAUGGUGUCAGCCACAGAGAAUUCACAAUCUAAGUGCAAUAUGAAGGGUGGGAAGAGAGAGAGAAAAAUACAAUUUCUUACAUUUGUCAUUUUUUUCUGAUACAUAGAUUAAGGACAAUGGUCUGAUUAUACACAUAGGAAAAUACUAAAGCCAAAUGAAUGUACUACCAUUUCUAUCAAUGUGUAAUCACUCACUUUUUUCCUCAAACAAGGAAAUUAAAUAGAACAGCUAAAUUGAUGAAGUUUUCUGUAUAUGCCUAGAAAUCAAGAAAUUCAGAUUUAUGGUUCCUAUUGCAACCAUAGUGGUCCUUGUGUAUGAGACCCUCCCGCCCCCCACAAAACCUAUGUUAAUCUGAUACUCUGGUGGAGCAGACUGGAAAUUCUGUAGCAGGUCCAUUUAAAAUUAUAUUUUAAUUGAAGUCCAUACACUAUUCCCAAUGUUACUUAUUCAAAUAUUAAAUUUGAUUUUAUACUAUCCUUAUGUGUCACAGGAUUUUUGGUAUGGGACAAGUAAUUGAACUAUAAAAAUUGUUAGAGGGGUAACACUGGAGGUUUUUGGCACAUGAAAAGGUGGAGAGUUGUUACCAUAUUAGCUAAAUAUUUUGCUAAAAUGAUCAGCAAGUGAAAUGGUUAUCAUUGUUGACAUUUCAAAUAGCUUUAGGUUUCAGGGUUACCAGUCCUCAGCACCUCUCAGCAUUAACUGAGGAAGAUGGCAGGACAUCAGUUUACAGUCUUCUUCACAUAUUCAAGAAUAAUUUUCUUGGAUGCAAGCCAGAAAUAAUUAUUUUAAAAACCCUGAAAUUUUAGCUACUGGAGCUCAUUUGUACAACAAGGGGCUGGAUAUUAUAUUCAUAGAAUACAAUGUAACAUGGCCCGUAAUGCAUACAUUCCUACAAGUGCUUCUCGUUAGAGCAACUUACACACAAUUACAUCUCAACAUCCUGGAGUUUAAGGAAAUAGUAGUACAGGAGGGGAAGGAAGGCAAUGAUUGUCAUUUGAACACCCUGAUUUUAGUUGCUUAUCACUUUUUAACUCUUUCAUCUUUGGGGCUGAAAGAGGCAAGGACAUAGUACUGGAGUCAUGUCAGCAGUCUCUGUGGCAGGGCUCUUGUGGAACCCUGGGGAGAAACUAAAGCUUCUCCCCACCCUGUAGAAAUAUGAAGGGAGUGCAUUGUCAGGGAGAACAGCUUGAGUGAUCUGCUUAUGAUCUUAACCAUUCUUUUUCUGAUGAGAAUUCUUGGGAGGAAUUGGCUGUGUCCCCCCUCCCCCCCUCACAUACACUGAUUGCUAGAUCUCAUGGUUGUGAGAGGGCCUGUGUAAAUCACCUACUCUCACUGGUGGGUUGGGUAGGAUAAUUAAGACCCCUGUAUUCAAGAACUUGAGGACCUUUCAGUCACCAACAACUUGAACAUUCAUUCUUGCACCACAAACUGAGACCUACUCAGCCAGGCCUGUGCAGAAGACCAUUUCAAAGUGAUUAGCAUUCAACUGAAGUUACAAUUAUACACUUUAAUGAGAAGAUUUUUCUUAAACUUCACCAUGGAAUCAAAUGGGUCUGUUCUCUAGGACCUACAGAGUACUCGUUUUUCAUACUAGCUACACAA